AUGUCCGCCCCUCAGGCCGACGGCUACGGCCAAUUCCCGGAUCAGCCACAAGAUCAGCAGCCCGGUGCUCCUCCGGUCGACGCUGGCGCUGGCGCGGCACCCAAGAAGAAGAAGCGUGGAUAUGCCGCUGGCGCCUUUGACGUUGCUACUGGCGCCAAUGCCGGCGUCAGCGGUCAAGUUCAGGGAGGCGCGCCGCCUGCGCCCCAGUACGGAGGUUAUCCCCAGGCUGACAUGCAGCAGCAGCAGCAGCAGCAGCCUCAGCAGGCGGCUGGCGGGUAUCAGUAUGGCCAGACCUACGGCGCUCCUCAGCCGGCUACUCCUCAGCAGGGCUACGGCGGCUAUCCUGCUCCCGAUCAAGCUGCUCAGGUCGGCGCGCAAGGCGUCGCUGGCAUCACACAGGGUGUUGCGGGUAUGAAUAUGGGGGCGCAGCAACCUGCUGCGAUGCCAAUGGCUCAGGCUCGCCAAGCUGCGCUCAAUCAGCUCUACCCUUCCGACCUGUUGAGCCAACCUUUCAAUGUCGCUGAGGUUGAUCUGGCACCCCCGCCGAUUAACCUUCCUCCUAACUCUAGCGUUACUCGCUCCGAGACGGCCAAUUGCCCUCCUAAAUAUAUCCGUUCGACCCUCAACGCAGUCCCGACGACAAACUCGUUGCUAAAGAAGUCAAAGCUACCGCUAUCCCUCAUUAUCCAACCAUACGGCUCUCUCCACGAUGACGAAGACAACGUGCCGGUCGUUCAGGACCAAGUUAUCUCUCGCUGUCGACGCUGCAGAACUUACAUCAACCCAUACGUCACUUUUAUGGACCAUGGCCACCGAUGGCGCUGCAACAUGUGCAACCUGACCAACGACGUUCCUCAAGCUUUCGAUUGGGACUCUGCCGCCCAAAAGACUGUUGACAGAUGGCAGCGACCUGAGCUGAAUCAUGCGGUUGUCGAAUUCGUUGCGCCUCAAGAAUACAUGGUCCGACCGCCCCAGCCUCUCGUCUACUUGUUCCUCUUCGACGUCAGCUAUGCUGCUAUAUCUAGCGGUUUGCUUGCCACCAGCGCCCGUACGAUUCUUGACAGCUUGAACCGCAUCCCCAACGCCGACAGGCGCACUCGCAUUGGUUUCAUGGCUGUCGACUCCAGCCUUCACUACUUCUCCAUCCCCAAGGACGAGGACCAGAACGCCGAGACUAACAUGUUGGUUGUCAGCGACCUGGAAGAACCUUUCCUUCCUGUUCCCCACGACUUGCUCGUGCCUUUGUCUGAGAGCCGCCAGAGCGUUGAGAAGUUCCUGCAGAAGCUGCCUGAAAUGUUCCAAAACAACCAAAGCAACGGCUCUUGCAUGGGCCCUGCCCUGCGUGCUGGCCACAAGCUCAUCUCUUCACUCGGUGGCAAAAUUGUUGUUCUGACUGCUUCGCUGCCCAACGUCGGCGCUGGCAAGCUUGAAAUGCGCGAGGACAAGAAGGUUCUCGGCACUUCCAAGGAAGGCGCGCUGCUGCAGACUGGCAAUAGCUUCUACAAGAGCUUUGCUGUUGAGUGCUCCAAGAACCAAGUCUCUGUCGACAUGUUCUUGUUUUCUUCCCAGUACCAAGACGUGGCCUCGCUUAGCAAUUUGCCUAGAUACACUGGUGGCCAGACCUGGUUCUACCCUGGCUGGCACGCUUCCCGCCCUGAAGAUGCACUCAAGUUUGCUUCAGAAUUCAGCGACUAUCUUUCCGCUGAGAUUGGUCUUGAGGCUGUUCUUCGCGUACGUGCCACCACGGGGCUUCGCAUGAACACAUUUUACGGCAACUUCUUUAAUCGCAGCUCUGAUCUCUGCUCAUUUCCUGCCUUCCCUCGCGAUCAGUGUUACGUUGUUGAAGUUGCUAUCGACGAGAACUUGACCAAGAACGUGGUUUGCUUCCAGGCCGCCAUCCUUCACACGACAUGCAACGGCGAGCGUCGCAUCCGCGUCAUGACCGUUGCACUGCCUACAACCACUAACUUGUCGGAUGUUUACGCUUCGGCUGAUCAGUGCGCCAUUACAACCUACUUCACUCACAAGGCGGUCGAGAGAGUCCUCAGCAGCGGCUUAGACGCGGCCCGCGACGCACUGCAAGCCAAGGUUACAGAGCUUCUUCAGACAUUCAGGAAGGAGCUUGCCGGUGGCAGCAUGGGUGGCGGUCUUCAGUUCCCUGCUAAUCUGCGCGGUCUGCCCAUCCUUUUCCUUGGUUUGAUGAAAAAUGUCGGUCUUCGCAAAUCAGCGCAGAUCCCCACAGAUAUCCGAUCCGCGGCGCUGUGCCUGCUCUCCACCCUUCCUGUUCCGCUGCUAAUGCGCUACAUCUACCCGCGCCUGUAUUCUCUGCAUGAUAUGCCCGACACUGCCGGCGUCACUGAUGGCGAAACUGGACAGAUUGUGCUGCCUCCUCCACAGAACCUCACCUCUGAGAGGCUGGCACCUCACGGCCUGUACUUGAUCGAUGAUGGGCAGACGCAGUUCCUGUGGGUCGGUCGUGAUGCCGUUCCCCAACUUGUUGCCGAUGUAUUUGGCGUUGAAGAUCGCACGAAUAUUCACGUCGGCAAAUGCCGCGUGCCCGAGCUGGAUGGAGACUUCAACGAGAGACAUCACGGUACCUCACCUAAGACCGCGCAGACCAGAGCGUCAGCGCUGCCCAGUGGUUGGGUGUUUUGCGAGAGAAGGUUGUGCACUGGUGCUGGGCACCACGAAUCAAGUGGAGCGCUCCAGCAUGAGUCCAGCUUUGAGCUGGAACAGCGGAUUUUGUCAUUCGAAUUUUUCUGGUAUUUCAAUAGCUAG